AUGCAAUUCACGAGCCUCAGCGUCGCUCUCUUCGCCCUGCUUGCUGUAGGGGCAUCUGCCACAACUCACAGGGUUGAGGUUGGCAAGGGUGGGCUCAAAUACACCCCGGAUACCAUUAGUGCUGCCAAGGGAGACAUCAUCGAGUUUCAUUUUGACUCCAUGCACUCGGUUGUUGCCGGCGACUUCAACAAGCCAUGUACUCCAGUUACCAGUGGAGGAUUCUAUUCUGGUGAUCUUCCUGCGAGUGGAAACUCAUUUUUCUCAAUCACUGUCAACAACACUGAUCCCAUCUUCUUCUACUGCGGCAUUGAAGGCCAUUGCCAGGCCGGAAUGGCAGGUGUUAUCAACCAGGGCUCUGACACGCUCAAAGAGUAUCAGAGCGCUGCAGCAAAGACUGACAAGAGCACCAGCCCAAAGGCUGCGUUUGGUGGCACCCUCAGCAGCAAAUCCAACACCGGGGCCGCAUCUACCACGACGACCACCGCCUCUGAGUCGUCAAGCACCGCCUCUGAGUCGUCAAGCACCGCCUCUGAGUCGUCAAGCACCGGGUCCGCAUCUACCACGAAAACCACCGCCUCUGAGUCGUCAAGCACCAGGACCUCGACUCCGUCGGGCUCAGCUGCAGCCUCCGCAAGCAGUGUCCCGGCGGCCGCUCCACAGGUCACUGGCCCAAUCGUCUGCGUAUCGCUCUUCGCUCUGAUUUUUGGUGCUAUGCUGGCAUUUUGA